CUGUUAUAGAAAGACCAGGAACAUUAAAUGCCAUCCAUAGUGCUGCCCCUCACCGAUUCGCCUUCGCGGGGCAUCUCACAGCGCUACUAGGUACAUACCAACCAACCAACUCCAUCUAUCUUGUAGUACAAGGAGUUUCAAUAUCAGUGAACACACCCGAAUAGCAUCGAUAUCUUAUUCUAUCCUUCCAAUUCCAUGAGUCAAUCCGAUCCAUCGAACAUUCCAUCCUCGACGGAUAACAUCCACAUCCACCUCGCCAUCUCACAAGACCAAGACCGGAAGUCAACUUCCUCAACAAUGACCGUCCCUCCCGAAACCACACCGGUCCCCCCGUCCGUCUUCACCCCCGGCACAUCACCCCGAACCGACGAACCAAAGCCAACACCAACAUCCACCGCCAUCCCCAUCCCCAUCCCGCCAACCGCUAAACCCGCACCCGAAAACGAAGGAAACUCCACGAAGCCCCUCGCACUCCCCCGUCUCAGAUUCCACGUAGAAGACCUCACGCACACAGGCUCCGCCGUCUUCCUCUCCUCAGUACAAGCCCCAGCCGUACUCACGACAAGCAUCGAAUCCAUCCACAAGCACCUCUACGACAUAUCCCUCUCAUCCCCAACAACCACAACCACAAUCUCAUCACACCCCCCAAAACCGCGCGUAAUAACCCUUUUCCUGCGCGACAUCCCAGGCGUAGCCUACACAACCAGCUCCGACCUCGACCCAGCCCACAAAGAAAUCCACUUCUCACUGUCCUACAUCGCCUCAAUCGCCUCCUCCCGGCAAGCCCACGAAAUAACCGGCGUGCUACUCCACGAAUUAGUCCACUGCUACCAAUGGGCCGCGCAAGGGAGUGCGCCGGGGGGAUUAAUCGAGGGAAUAGCCGACUGGGUGCGUCUGCGGUGCGACCUAGCGCCACCGACCUGGAAGCAGGACAACGUGCCGGAGAAGUGGGACGUGGGGUACAGUGGGACGGCGUAUUUUCUAGACUACCUAGAGCGGCGGUUUGGGGACGGGACGGUGCUGCGGGUGAAUGAGAAGUUGGGGAAGGAGAAGACGUACAAGGAGAAGGCUUUUUGGACGGAGCUUGUGGGACGGCCGGUCGAGCAGCUGUUUGAGGAUUACAAGGAGACGUUGCCGAAGAAGGGCGAGGAUGAAGGAAAGAAAUGAGACUGGACUAGAUUUGUUACUAAGCGAUAUAGGAGUUACGGAAGCGAGGCCACAUUUCAAGAUGGAUGAUCUCUUAGACGGAACUUCUUA